CUGUGCUGGCUUUGGUUUUUCAUGAUGGCAUAAACAUUAUCCGGAAACGUACAUGAAACCGCAACCGCCGAGCUGGUGCACCGCUGCAAUCGACGAGGACGUCCGCCCGCGUCGCCCAAUCGAUACUACCGCUCGGCGAGGGAAAGCGCAGCGUGGAAACUCAGCAACGCGGCGCCGCCAUUGAGAGAGCUGAAUAAGAAAAGCGUGUGCUCCCGCAAACAACAAGAAAAAACUAACGAGAGGAGAGUGGAGUGAGAGGAAAACCGAUUUGAGGUCGCCGGAUGUGAGAAUGUCGCAAGCAACUGGAGGAUCAGUCGCCGGAAUGGAGGACCAAGCACCAGGCAACCCGCCAAAGCCGCCAGAGGAUCUGCAGGACAUUGACACCAAUAGCCUGGAGCCGGGCGAAGUGGUGACCCCGCCCCACAAUCAUUCGGGGAGUCCGGUCAUUAAGAAGCAACUUUCCAAGGACCUGAUGAUCAGCAAGACGUUGCGAAAGGUGCCAGGUGGUACUUUAGAUCUGGCACGCAAGGAAAAUGGCUCUACGGGAACGCCGAAGACACAACCGGAAGAGGCGGACGACAGCGAAGGUUUGUAUUCGGACUCGGACUCCUCCGGGGAGGACCUCAAGAACGUAGAAGAUGUGCAAAAGGCCAGGAAGGAGAAACAGGAGGAGGCCGCAGCUGCUGCCCAUCCUCAAGCGCCACCCACACCCUUUAUGGGUAUAAAUCCUCUAAGAUUCAACAUGAGACCUCCUUGCUUUGACUUUCCCCGCAUGGGUUUUAUGCCCCAAUUGGCCAGGGGCGGACCCAGGGGCAUGAGACCGCCCUUCUUUGUUCGCCCUCCCGCGCAAAAUCGUAUGUGUGGUCCUUCAAAUCAAGGUCCUCCGCCGGGUGCCUAUGGACCGCAGAAUCCUCCGGGACCAGGAGGUAGCAACAACUCAGAACGUUCGAAGCGACUCCAAUCUGAUAUAGUAUGGACAGCCCUGCAGCCGCCAGUGUCUUUUGUCUUUAAUCUGGUCACCGAAUGCUCGAAUACAAAGCAUGAGAAUUGUAGAAGUAAAGCAGAAACUGCUCCACAGAAUUCCACAGAAGGCCCAAGCGAAACAAAGGACAAGUCUACUGAGCCGUCAAAGGAAGUUGAGCGAUCCAGGGGCAAGACCAAGGAAAAAUCACCGAGAAGAGAUGGCGCUAGAGAAAGGACCAAGGAAAGUAUUCCAAAUCGAGGAAAAACUAGAGAGCGGUCGAAGGAAAGGGGUUUAUCUAAAGGAGGAGCAAGUGAAAAAUCAAAGGACCGGGAUUUGGGUAGUGAAAAAUUCAGAGAAAAGUCUAGGAAUAGAGAUGCAAUUCGAAAAACUAGGGAUCGAUCACAAGAACGAAACCAAGAUAGCAGAAAAAAGAGAAAAAGAUCUAGGGAAAAAGAUCAAACUGAAGGUGAAUAUAGGUUUAAAGGCAAAACAAAGGACCGAUCCAGGGAGAGAGAUGAAACUAGGCCGAAAACUCCUGAAAGGUUACAAGCGGGAGAUCGAAGCAGAGGGAAGACAAGGGAUAGAGAACAGUCCAGGGCGAAAUCAAGGAAAAGGUCCAGAUCCAGAGAGAAGCGUCAAGAAAAAUCGAACGAAAUGGUUGGCGAUAUAGAAAGUAACAGAGAUUUAUCCACGGAAAAACUGAAUGAAAAAACCAAACUGCACAGGGAUAAAUCUAUGAAUGAAUCGCAUGACAAAUUUAAGAAAGCGCACGAGGAACCCCCGAAUAAAAAGCAUCGCGAAAAAUCCAAGGAAAGGGAUAGAAAACGAUCGAAGGAAAGAUCCCCGAGAAAAGAAAAACCUUUAGAAGGUAAAAAAGACACACUGCCGGAACAAUUAGUCGAAACACAAGACGAACGUUCAAAGGAUAAGCAUAGAAAGCGAUCUGGAGAGAAAGGCUUAAAAGAAAGCGGUAAAUUCAAAUCUACAGAGCGUUCGCUGGAAAAGUCCAAAGAGAAGUGCAGUGAUCGGUCGAAAGAGUUUGGAACUCCCAAGGAAAAGGAUAUUGAUAAGUCAAGAAAAGCAGUAUCGCUGCAUGAUACCUUUCACAAAAAUGCCUUAGAAAACGACCACAGCUCCAGAACAAAGAGCGAGGCAUUUUCGUCACGGGAGGAUAGAGAAGGAACUCCCCCAACGACGCCGCCCCAAGUUCAUAUCCCUCUGACUCCAACUGUUGAAAUCCAGAGGCCCAAGAGUUUUGAUAUAUUUGCCGACUCUCCGCCAAGACUAAACACUGCCGUUACAGCACCGGCUGUAUCCAUUGAAAGGAGUACCACGCCACCAUUAAAGGCGACUCCCAUUUCCAUUCCUAUUGCUCAAACUUCCAAACCCGAUAAAUUGGCUCCCCUGCUCAGGGCCAGCGAGAUUCACAGUAGGAUUGGCGCCCUGCUCGAGGACAGUGAUUUGCAUUUGGACGCCCUUUUGGCUACCAAGGAACAGCUGUUCCGCCGCACCAAUGAAUACAAAGAAAGAAAAGUGGCGCCCAAAGAGAUUAAAACAGAACCUCUGCCAAAAACUAGGGAUAGGAAAUCGGGUGGUGAUAGGGCUGAGGUUGAUCAUCAUAAAAGCCAAUCCAGACAUAUAAAUCCGUUCAAGCGAGAAUCAGUAUUAAGCGGGAAGAAAUUUUCCUCGCGCCCUUCAAGCAAGGAGAGGCGCCUUCAGCGAAACGACAGUGGAAGUGAAGAGAAUUGGGACAAAGAACUGGAACGGGAAAGAAAUCAAUCGCAUGACAAUCAUCAACGUGGAUCCCUACCAAGACGAAGUGCUGAGUACAAAAACGUUAGCAUUAAGAUCGAAAAGGACCUUACGCCCCCGCCUCAACAAAAGUCCUUUACUGUAACCACCAUUAAAACCGAACGCAAUUCUACGCCGCCCCGAAAGGCGGAGCGGGAAGUGGUGUUAAGAAAUGGUGCAGUAGCGGCCAAUGCUCCUCCUCCAGCAAACGAGCAGGAAAGUCCCGACACGGAUGACUACAUUGACAACUGGGAAAACGACGAUUCAAUGGCCAGUAUGCCGAAGAACGCCCCACCCGCUACUCCGACUCCUGCUCCAAAUCCCAAUGCUUCUCUAAAUACUACCCCCUUGCCCCCACCAGCUGCCGAAUUCAACGGUGACGAUGAGGAUUCGAAUGCCUUGUGGAACGCCAACAGCACACCACCUCCUCGAGCCAAAGAUGGGAACCUGGCCACGAGUAAUAUACAUGAAUUAUAUGACAAAUUCAUGAAUAGUAUUAAGAUGUCCAACGAGGAUUUAGAGACAGAUAUCCUGGAGACUUCUAAGAACAGUUCCCUCAGUAAUUCCGCUGCCGAUGAAAGUUCUUCGGGCACUGAGACGUCAUCAACAAGUAGCAGUAGUAGCGAAACCGAGGACGAUUCUAGUUCAGACAACGAAGAUGAUAAUGAGAGCUUUUCAGAUGAGGAAUCUUUGGCAACAUCAGGUAAUUCACAAACGAAUCAAGAUGAUACGUCUGGCAAGGAGCAGCAGCAAAAAAAGAACAACGUUAGCAAAGAUUUGCGAAAACUCAAAAGCCUAGAAGACAAUCUAGCCAGAAUUCAGAUGAUGCGUGAGAACUACGAUGCUGGCGAUGAGAUAUCCGAGGAACUACUCAAAAUGGAAUCCCUGUUUCUAAUGCAGCGCAAUGCCAUAAUGGACAAGUAUCGCAAGCAGGAACUAAAGAGCAAUUCAAGUGAAGAUCAACAGCCAAUAGAUGAACAAGAAAACGUUCAGAAACAAGUGGAGGUUCAGCCGUCAGCCUUUCCCGUAAACAACAUCUUUAAUGCCAAUCGUGAGGCCAUCAAACUGACAAUUUCGCCUCUGAAACUCACAAGAAAACCAGCAAUUUUCGAAAAAGAUGAAGCAGAACAACCGGAUCCACCCAAGCUUGCCGAGGAGCCUCCUAAAGCACCGCUGCAAAAGCCACCAAAGGAGAUUGCAAUUGUGAAACCGACCAUUGUGAAAUCCCGAUCGAAAUCUAGGACACUGAGGAGUCCACCGCCGCCGACAGGAAAUCGUCGAAGGUCUCGUUCACGUUCCAUAUCCAGGAAUAGAACCCGUCGUCGCGGCUCGAGGCUGAGGUCUCGUUCUCCGAGCCCCAGGCGCUGGCGCCCUCCAUCGCCGAGGAGAGGAUCGAGAUAUGCUAAGAGAAUGGGAGGAAUAACAGUUGGAGGAACUAAAAUAGGAAGAAGUCGCAGCAGGAGUUUAACAAGAAGUCGAACGCGUAGUAGAAGCCCAAGUAGACGAAGACGUCCGGCACCAAUAGUUGGAAAUAGGAAACGCAGUUCGUUGUCUCCUAUGCCAACAAAAAUGGCUGGACCUCGGUCACCACCUCCUCCCCGCCUGCGUCACUCAUCAAGUCGAGAUAGGGAGCGAGAACGGGAGCGGGAUCGCUUCUCUCGCUCGCGUUCACCGUUGCCUUUUAAACCACCGUCGCCGCCAAUGCGACGUAGUUGGUCCAAAACCCGUUCACCAACCAGGAGGAGAUCGUUCUCUAGGUCGCGAUCCCGAUCCAUAUCUCCAAGAUCUCGUUCGCUUGGAGAGGAUAGCUUCGUCAACUAUUUCGAGGAAAAUCAGGGCAUGGAAGCAGCUGCCUACUACUACAACAUGUCAUUAAUGCAACAGGAGAACCAGCACACAAUGGGGCAGGGCUAUGAUGCCUAUGCUGCCUACAUGGACUCCGCCUACAAUAUGGAACAGGCCUAUGCCCAGUACUCCGAAGAUUAUUCGAAUUCUUAUGGGGAUUAUAUGGGUGAAGUAUCAUUAUCACCUCAGCCACCAGGAUCAGUACUCAGGGAACUCCCUAUGGCGCCAAUGGAAUCCAUUGUUCCUAUGGCGCCGAUGGCUCCAAUGCCACCAGUGGUGCCUUUGUCGUCGGUAAUGCCCGUGGCAGUGCAAAAGGGAAACGUUUUGGAGAUAGUACCUUCCGGCGAGGACAUAAUGGAAGCGGGGGACACUCCGCUGCCAGCUGCAAUGGAAGAACCAAUGGAAGACAAUAGUAAACCUAAGCGAAAGAGCGUGAACUUCGUGGAUAAUGUGCUGCCCACCUACGAAAGCGAUAACGAGGACCGCGUCGUUGUAGGAAUGGCGGUCGAACGUGCCUUGCGAAAAUAUCAGGAGCGUCGUGCCCAAGCAGCUGCCAAGCUGCAACAAAUUCGGGACGAGUUACUUGGAUUGCCUGCACCGCCGCCACCUCUAACACCCAAGCCAGCCCAUCUAGAAAAAGCCGUUUUGGUGCCAAAGAAGCCCAAGUUCCGGUACUUCCAUUUUGAUCCUCUCAAAGGAGCAAUAGUGAAGUCGCACGCUCGAAUGCUACGUUCACCUAACCGCCCGCCUUUCGAUCCCAAGCAUUUUGCCAUGCUGAUGAAGACUGGUCGCUUGCCGCAGAUGCCCCCCGGAUUCCUGCGACUCCGCCCGCCAAUUAUUCCUCCGCAUGUGGAUGCUGCCACCAGGGCAGUGAUGCUCAAGGAGUUCUUUAGCAAACAUCCGCCACCUCCACUGCCGAUGCCCAUGCCUCUGCCGGAUGGAAUGCCCUACUACUUGAGUGGACCACCUCCAAUGCCAAGUGGAGCUGUGCCCUCUCCUGUGCCUAUUAAUGUGCUACCGCAGCCCAUUCCCGUUUUGGAUGGAAGUGGCUAUCAGGGCUAUCCUCAGCCGGUUGCCAUGGUGCCAUCUCCUGUUCCGGUUCCUGUACCCGUGCCGCUACCAGUGCCCGUGCCUGUUCCAACUGAUCCUACGCCACCGCCUGCUAUGAUACCUCCCUUUUUCACACCUCCACCUCUGCCCGAGCUGCCAACUCUACCCGACCUGGCGUCCCAAUUCUCAAUGAACUCGGUGCCCACUAUUACGGAGAUAAUGCCGGUGGAUAUACUGCAGAAAUUGGGACCGCUGCCGAAAACAUUAGAUGUAGAUGAAGGAGGAACAGCCAGCCCGGAGGACGCCAGCAACGAUCUCAAGGAGUCUGAGCCGAAGCCAGCCGAGCAGCCAGUGGUGGACAUUCAGCCGCAGCUCCUUGUGGAGACCCAGUAGUAGACCCAUCUCUUGAUAGUUCGAUUAUUUAGCCAAUAGUUUUUCUUUAGGUAAUUCGCUUCAUAACCAUGAAUAUCCUUUACGUUAAUACUUACCUUUAAAAAGUUUCGUUUUUAUAAUUUUGUUUUAUUGACCAUUUUGUAAACAAGAUGCAUUUAUUGGUAGAAGUCGUUUUAGGUUAACUCAGCUCUAAGUUUGUAUGUCAUCUAUAUAUGGUUUGACUUUGACCAAAUUCAUUGAUUUCUACAAGAAAAUAAAAAUGUAAAUAUUUCAAUUCGCUUUAGAAUCAUA